CUCAGUUCAGCUCUGCCCGACGGGCCCCAAAUCGGGUCAGUCGCUCUUUAAACUGCUGCAGGAGCUGCCGCGUUGCACCAUGUGAUGCUCCAGCUCCUGCUGGAAGCUGGCAGAAGGCUGCGGGAGCAGAGCGGUGCAGGACACCAGGAGCUGUGCACGGCUCAGCUCACCGCAGCGGGGCCGGGCGGCACCAGCAGGACGCGGAGCCAAGCCGAGCCGGCUGCAUGGUACUUAGAGUCCUGAGCAUCCCUCUGGUGCCCGCUCAGCAUGUCCCCUGAGCUGCCCUGGGGGUGAAGAACUUUGUUUCUGCGGGGGGAGACACCCCCAAAAAGCACUUAGUUUCCAGGACAAGGUGACCGAAGGACCCCAGCACUUGUGGGGAGGGGGCCGGAGCAUCAUGGCACACCCCAUCUCAGCUUUCCAGGCUGCCUACAUCUCCAUUGAAGUUCUUAUCGCCUUGGUGUCCGUGCCUGGGAAUAUCCUGGUCAUCUGGGCUGUGAAGAUGAACCAGGCACUGCGGGAUGCCACUUUCUGCUUCAUCGUCUCGCUGGCAGUGGCCGACGUGGCCGUGGGGGCCCUGGUCAUCCCUCUGGCCAUCAUCAUCAACAUCGGGCCACAGACAGAGUUUUACAGCUGCCUCAUGGUGGCCUGCCCCGUGCUCAUCCUCACGGAGAGCUCCAUCCUGGCGCUCCUGGCCAUCGCCGUGGAUCGAUACCUGCGAGUGAAGAUCCCCGUCAGAUAUAAAAGCGUGGUGACACCCCGGCGCGCAGCAGUGGCUAUUGCUUGUUGUUGGAUUGUCUCCUUUCUGGUGGGACUUACCCCUAUGUUUGGCUGGAACAACCUGAACAAGAUGCGGAGGACUCAAGAGCUGAAUGCCAGCCACACAGAGUUUGUCAUCAAGUGCCAGUUUGAGACCGUCAUCAGCAUGGAGUACAUGGUGUACUUUAACUUCUUCGUCUGGGUCCUGCCUCCCCUGUUGUUGAUGCUGCUCAUCUACCUGGAAGUCUUCAACCUCAUCCGCAAGCAGCUCAACAAGAAGGUCUCCUCCAGCUCCACUGAUCCCCAGAAGUAUUACGGGAAGGAGCUGAAGAUUGCCAAGUCCUUAGCACUGGUCCUGUUCCUCUUCGCACUGAGCUGGCUCCCUCUGCACGUCCUCAAUUGCAUCACCUUGUUCUGCCCAUCCUGCGAGACGCCACACAUCCUCACCUACAUUGCCAUCUUCCUCACCCAUGGCAACUCAGCCAUGAACCCCAUCGUCUAUGCCUUCAGGAUCAAAAAGUUCCGGACAGCCUUCCUGCAAAUCUGGAACCAGUACUUCUGCUGCAAAACCAACAAAAAUGUCAACAGCACCACUGCCGAACCAGGCAACUAGGGGCUAAGAAAGAGCAGAGAGGCGUCCUCCAUGCCCAGCCAGGUUCCCGUCUUACUGUUGUUCCUGCCAUCUGGGGAAGGGACGAGAACCCAGGAGAGCUGGGUUUGCCAGCCCUGUGCGAUCUGAACAGCCCUAUCCCCAAGCUACUCUACGGAGUUAUUUAUUCACAAGCAUUGUACUAUUUUGAUAUUGUAGCCUGCACUGUUCUUGACUUUUUUGUUGGGUUUUUUUUGAUUUUUUUAAAGGUUGCCAAAUAUUUAAGAAGAAAUUGUACAGACAAAGGCGCGGUUUAUCUUAAUACAAAUA